AUGGCCCGCUCUGGGGCUGCCACGCUGCCCACCUCGGCCUCGGGAACCCCUCCACGGAGCCCACCCCGAGGGCUCAUGAAGGAUGUGAAUGGUCCCCCCAGGGAGUUGCGGCCACGCCUUUGCCACCUACGAAAGGGCCCCCAGGGCUAUGGAUUCAACCUGCACAGUGACAAGUCCCGGCCCGGCCAGUAUAUCCGUUCUGUGGACCCUGGCUCACCAGCUGCCCAUUCUGGCCUCCAGGCCCAGGACCGGCUCAUUGAGGUGAAUGGGCAGAACGUGGAGGGGCUGCGGCAUGCCGAGGUCGUGGCAAGCAUCAAGGCUCGUGAGGAUGAGGCUCAGUUGCUAGUGGUGGACCCCGAGACAGAUGAGUACUUCAAGCGGUUGCGGGUCACACCUACUGAAGAGCACCUGCAAGGUCCGUUGCCAUCCCCUGUCUCCAAUGGGACCAGCCCUGCCCAGCUCAAUGGUGGCUCAGUGUGUUCCUCUCGAAGUGAUCUGCCUGGCUCAGACAAGGACAUGGAGGAUGGCAGUGCUUGGAAGCGAGACCCUUUCCAGGAAAGUGGUCUGCACCUGAGCCCCACGGCUGCGGAGGCCAAGGAGAAGGCACGUGCCACUCGCAUCAAUAAGCGGGCACCUCAGAUGGACUGGAACCGGAAGCGGGAGAUCUUCAGCAACUUCUGA